AUGGUGGACAUCUUUGCCGCCCUACAUUAUAUAGAAGAGAGGCAGGGCCUGAACGUGGAAAUUCAGAAUGACCUCGCAGUGGCCCAAAUUAACACCUUCAGCGAUGUCGUAGAGAAGGCGCAACGAGUAGAGAAUGCUAGGCUACAGGGGGAUAAGAGUAUCCCUCCCAAGUUUGGACGAGAAGUCGAAGGUGGAAGGCAGCCGGGUGUAGGUAGAAAGGCUCAGCCAAGAGGUGGUCCAGUGGGGAGAGGUCAAAGAGGAGAUUUCCAGAGAGGUUCGGGUUCUGCAUCCCAUGGACCCUACGGGUAUUGUGAAAAGCCAAACCACACAGAGUACAACUACUGGAAGAAGGAGGGAAAGUGCCUGCGUUGCGGAAACGCAGACCAUCAGCUCGCCACCUGCCCAGUUCUAAAACAAGAUGGAAAGGGAAGUCAACAACCGCCAAGGACCAGUUCUGGACCAGUCAAUGUGGAUGGGACAAAACCCAAGGUGUCGGCUCGAGUGUACUCGUUAGAGCCACAGCAGAUCCCUGAUCCUUCCGAGGUCAUAGAAGGUACGAUCCCUAUAUUCCACCGACUUGCGAAAGUCUUAGUAGAUCCUGGUGCCACCUAUUCCUUUGUUAACUCCAGUUUCAUGUGUGGUAUUGAUAUAAAACCUGCUAGUUUACCUUAUGACCUAGAAGUCAGUACCCCUACGGGGGGCUAUCGUCUGAUUACUAAUAUGGUUUACAAGGACUAUGAAGUUUGGGUAGGAGAAAGGAAAUUGUUAGGGGAUUUGAUAAGCCUAUGCAUUAAGGGGUACGAUGUAAUCUUAGGUAUGGACUGGUUAGUUAGGUAUAAUGCACAAUUGGAUUGUAAAAGUAAGGUGGUAGAAUUUCGCAUCCCUGGAGAGGCGACCUUAAGAUUAGAGAUAAGGGGUAGGCUAGCCUCAUCUGCCUUGAUCUCGGGCAUUCGGGCUAGAAAACUGCUAAGUAGAUGGGCGUAA